AUGGAGAACAACCACCGCCCAAGUAGAAAGAAGUAUGACGAGGAAGCUCCGAUGAGUGAAGAUGAUACUCUCUACGUCACCGCUCCUGACCAACCAGGUCAAAUCACAAUCAAUCUUGAGAAAGACACGAAGAGAAAAAUCACAAUCAUCAGUGAAGUGGAAGCGCCAAAACGUCCACGUCGUGGAUCCGUGGAUCUCCGUCGUCAAGCAAUCGUCAACAACGCUAUCCGCUCUUCUCAAUCCACUGCGUCUUCUAGAAGCCGUUCAAGAAGCCGUUCCAGAGGACGUGCUCGUUCGACUCCUCGCAACCGUUCCAGAAGUGCCAGAUCUACCACUCGUUCUCGUUCCCGCUCGCUCUCCACUUCCAGAAGAUCUCCAAAAAGGGUCUUAAGAGAGAAACUGAUUUUUAUGGAUCAGAAAGAGAGUGCUCAAGAUCCUUUGCUUCCAAAACUUCCGAAGGAUGACCAAACCCAUUCUCUCCGUCUUCCAACUCAUCUUUGCCAACGAAGCAUCGUCGGACGAAAAGGGACAGCUCCACCGGAAUGCAUUCAACUUCCAUCUCCUCUCUUCAUUCUCACAGAGCAGCAAGUGACCGGUGCCAGUGAGAAGAAGACAGUUCAAUUUGUCACCAAAAUUCUUCUGACGUCUCACAAGUUGUCACACGAUGACAGAAAGAAGUUGUAUGCAGAGAUGGUUGAAGCUGAAUACGUCGGAACAUCUCGUUCUUCAAAGGAUCUUGUGAAGUCAUCAGAUGACGAGCCGGAUGAAGAUUUCCAAUUGAAAAUUUACUAUUCUACCAAAGGAGUCUACAUUCAUUCCGUGCAGAACGUGAUCAAAGUUCGGAAAGGAAAAUCGUCCAAAAUCACCGAGGAGAAAAGUUAUCACAAUAUCUGUAAGACGAAGAUUGUCGGAGAUCAAGGGAAAUCAAUCGAAGGUUUUUUGAAUGUUACAUGCUCUGAAACGGUUUCAGUCGUCAAUCAGAAUUAUAGCCGUUCUGAGAACUUCAAAAUUGGAUUGAAGGAUUUGAAUGUGAUUGGAAACUGCACCGUCAACGCAAUCAAGGCCACUUUCGACCCAACAAAAACAUCUGGUUUCAAGGAAGUCAUCAAGUUUGAUAACAAGAAUAUCGGACUGGAUAUCUUCCACACCAGUACGGCAGCAAUGCAAACAAUGUGGGAUCAUGAGGUUGGAUCAUUUGGAGAAGAGCAAUCGGAAUACCGAGAGGUUCGAUUCGUUUUCGAUGAUGAGAAGGAGAAGCAGAAGAACGAACAACCUGGAGCUCAAGUUUCCCAAAUCAUUCAGAAUCCGAAACCUUCUGGAAGUGAUUCUAAAUCUUCUUCUGUUUCUUCCGGAAAUUCUUCCGAAAGCUCCUCCGCAAACAAUUCAUCAGCCAGUUCCAGAAGAUCUCGUUCCAGAGCCAAGAGGCAUAAGGCAAUUCAGAAGGCGUUGGCCAAAAAGUCUUCGGCAACCUCAAAAAGCCCGGAUAGACAAUCUUCUAAGAAACUAACAAGUCCAGAUGAAGAGCCCAUCAAAUCGAAAGAUUUCACUUUCAACCACUCGUCGUUUUAUCACUCGUUCCCAGAGGCUACUUCCACUCCAAAAAGUCCAUCGGCCCCUUUGAAUUCGUCUACCAUUCUCGAUUCAAAAGGCAAAUCACCCCAAGUGACACCUGAGAAGAAUCGUCGUGGACCUGAUGUUCCCUCCACAAAAGAGGAAAAACACAGUGACACUGAAGUUGACUUGGAUAAGAGCUUGACAUCAAAGAAGUCAUCAUCAGCUUCUAGAAACUUGGCGUUGAUGAUUGAAUUGAAGAAGAAAGAAGAGGCAAGACAGCAAGACGCUGCUAGCUCAUUGAUCAGUGCAAAACCGCCAACAUCCCCCGGUAACUCCUCAGUCUAUUUGUAUCCGACGACUGGAUCUGCCAACUCGACCUACAUGGCUGCAAAAGAUUCCACGUCACCACAAGGAAUUCGUCGUGUUAAGGAGACAAAAGUGACUAGAGAGGUACGGGAAGAAGAUGGGAAACCAGCUGAAAUCAAUGAAAAAAAGGAAGAGACGGUGAAAGAGGAGAAGGUGAAACUGGGAAAGAGAUCAAGAUCUGUGUCGCCGGCGACUCCGAAAAUGAAGAGACCACUGAACAAUCAGAGUUUGGUUACAUUGAGUGCAGUAAAGGAAACCCAUCAAACACUGGAAAUGACCCCAAUCAAAGUGUCCGAAGACUCUGCUCCUGUCCAAUCUACAUCCAUCAAUUCUGGCCAACGUGCAUUCAAGGAAGAGGUUCAAUUGACCAUGUUGAUUGAUAAGAAACGUCUUCAUCUGAAUGUCAAUUUCAUUUUGUUGGCUGAAAAACAGCCAGAAGUCGAGAUCACUGGAUUCUGUUUCAAGGGACAGAAGCUGUGGGAGAAGAGUUCGGAAUGGAAUCUUUCAAGUGCUAACACUACUAGUCAUACUAAAACAGUUGCUCGUCAAGCCAGUGAUAUUUUGGGAGACGGCAAGUGA